GUCAUAUGUUCAUGGGUUUAUCAAGCGUGAAAACACUUUGUUAGCGCUUUCAGAAAUUCAGGAGCUUAUUUAAAGCAUAUGUUGCUAAAAUUAGUUACGUUUUGCAGAACAUUUGUUUCCAAUUUAACAGCAAUCGUCUACGAAAUGUUAAAUUGGUGACGUACCUUCGAUAAUAAGUGAAAAUAAGAAACACACCAAGAAUUGUGUAUUCAUAUAGAUUCAUCAGACAGUUUCAUAUAGCGAGUUAGUGGAUUAAGACAUUAUCAAGUGAGUGCGAAAUAUUCACACACGGAUAUUAAAGUAGAGUAGUGACAACGGGUUUAAAUCGACUGAACUAUGAUUCCAGAUCAGCAGCUUUUGGCUGAUAAAAAGAGUCCAGAUAUCUCUUCAGCACUCGACGACAACUCAGCGCUUCCAUCUUUCACCGAUUUGAAACAGGAUUUUUUCUCUGACAUUAUGGACCACCACAGUUCACACCAACAGCUGCAGCAGUUCGCGUUCGCUCAGCAGCAGCUGGACUUUUCUAUCAAGCAGGAGGGCCAGGACUUCAGCCUCAGUGACGAGAGCGACUCCCAGUCCGUCAAGGGCCGCUCACAGCCCAAGAAGCGGAAGUUGAGCGCCCGUCGCAGUGACAGUCUGGAGAACAUAUCGUCGCCGACGGGCUCUGAUGAGUCAGAGAGCAGCAAGAAGCGCCGGAAGGGACCACAUUCGGUGGAGGAUCUACAAACGCAACGCUGCCUGGCGAACGUCCGGGAGCGGCAGCGGACCCAGUCGCUAAACGACGCAUUCACCCAGCUCAGAACUAUUAUUCCAACACUUCCUUCAGACAAGCUGAGUAAAAUUCAAACGUUAAAGCUCGCCACCAGAUACAUUGACUUUCUGUACCAAGUGUUACGGAAUGAUGACAUUCUCUCAGACUCCAAAAUGUCCAGCUGCAAUUACGUGGCGCACGAGAGACUCAGUUACGCGUUCUCUGUGUGGAGAAUGGAAGGCGCAUGGUCAUUGCCGUCGCACUGACGUCAGCAAAACUUGUGUGAUGUCAUAUUAUUUAUUGUGUGUUCAUUCGGUGAGUUUAAUGUGAAAUACUUUGUUAUCUGUGUUAUGGAGUUACAUGUAUGUUUGAUUUCAUAAAUAAUAUUUAUAUUUACGUGAUGAACACGUAUGGCACUAUAUUCCGUUUAUUUCUUAUUCAAACGUUCUUGUAAAUAAUGAAUUAAAAUUUUGCAAAAUUUGAAGCGAGUGUGAGAUUUUUUGAAAAUUGUAGUUUCACAAGUUUAAGUGAAAAGAUCACAGAUUCUCAUAUCUUUUAUCAAAUGUCGUUUGAUGUUUCAACAA